UUUCAUUCCCACCCUCUCUUCACUCCGUCUUAAAACAUGUUAUUAUCUCUUUCAGAAAGAAAAUGUAAAUGUUGUUUUUAUCUUUUGGUCUCUCCUCUUGUUUGGCCUUUUAGUAAAAAAACACAAACAAAAAACAAACAAACAAUGAAAACACUCAUAACAUGUUUAAGCUGGUCUGAACAAUGUUGGUCUUGAAUUUAGGUAAAUAACCUUGUUAAUUUUAGGGCAUUUUUAUUAACAGGAAUCCUGCUUCAAUACAGUCAUGCAUCAUGUCAUUUGAAUGAUUGCAAGCAUCUUUUCGUUAAAGAGCCACACAGAUCCAAAAUCGAAACUUACCUUUAUUGCAGUGUGUCAUGUAGCUAUCCAUCAAUUUAAACAACAUGUAAAGUAGUUGAACCAAAAAGUGCACGAUUAAUAAAGUUAUUGGCUUCUAAAGUAGGGAGUCGACUCUGAAUCGCUGAAACGAGUCGUUAUAGGGAGUGAGUCUUCUUCCUGAUAUUAUCCACGUCACACGAACUUAUCCACGUCACAUGAGAUACUAAUCUCCGCCUACAGCCUUGCCCGGGAGAAACGAAAACCCUGCCCCCAGGCUCACAGACACUUCCUAGUUGGUGUGAUAACAUCAUGUCGAGGAGACAGUGUGUUUUUAGCUGUAAAGGCAAGUUUGCUUUAUUUUCACUGCCAAAAAAUGAAGACCAGAAGAAUCAGUGGUUAAAAUUCAUUUUUAACACGAUACCACAGCAGUACAACAAACCCCUUUGGUUGUGUUCCCGUCAUUUUGCAGACGAUUGUUUUUCCAAUCUCGGUGAGUUCAAAGCGGGAUUUUUAAAACGUUUGAACAUGAAAGAGGGUUCAUUACCAACUUUAUUUGGACCAACAAGCAUCUCAGAACCACAACCUAGUACAUCACAACAGAUUGAGUUACCAAACACUUUGUUUGUGGAGGUGGAAUGUCAGACUGAACCUCCAAACACAAAGUCAGUAGGAACACAGACAGAACUGACACAGAUAUCUGUUGGCACACAGCUAUCUACUGGUACACUGAAAGAAACACACAGUAGGAGCAAAGGAUCACAAGCAACAGUUUCUUUAGAAAGUGUUGGCACAGAAACCACUACAGCUCUUUAUGAUCUACCAUUUUCAUCUACACCUGUAAAGCCUACUGGAUUUCGACCACUUAAAAGACCUAGACUGGAGUUGGAGGAAGAAGAGGAGGAGGAGGAAGAAGAAGAAGAAGGGUCAGUGAGAGAACCUCAUGACUCAACCUUUAAUCCUGGUGACUCUACAAUAUCUGAGGAAUCUGAAAUUUCGUUUGUGCAGAGGACAAUCUAUGGUGAUAACAAGUUCAUUGUGUUUGAAACCUGUCUGCGUGAGCUGUUUGCCACAUGCCCGAUUUGUAAAAACAAGUGUGACGUGAGUUUACGCCGGAUGGGUACAUAUGUGGCAUUCCACCAGCUUUGCCCCAAGUGUAGUUACCAAAGGCAAUGGGAGAGCCAGCCCACUGUUGGUAGCAUGCCGGUCGGAAACCUUCAGUUGUCUGCAGCCACUUAUUUUACCGGAGGAUCAUUCAUCCAAGUACAAAAGAUUUGCAAGGGGAUGCAAUUACAAAUUUUUACGUACGAAACCUUCCGGAGACAUUGCAGGAGCUUCCUGGAGCCUGCCAUAAUCCACAAAUGGAAAAGUGAACAACAAAACCUUUUCCAGAAGUUUAGACAGAGUGGAAAGAUUGGCCUCGCCGGAGAUAUGCGUGCAGACUCACCCGGACAUUCAGCGAAAUAUGGUAGUUACACGUUGAUGCACACCGAGAGCAACACCAUUUUGGACACACAACUUGUUCAGAGCAAUGAAGUCGGCGGGAGUUACCAUAUGGAGAAAGAAGGUCUAAAGAGAUGUCUUGAUCAUCUGGAGUCCAGUGGCUUAACAGUCGACUACAUUGUGACUGACCGUCACCCUCAGAUACAAAAAUAUUUGAGAGAACGCAACAUAAUACAGUUUUACGAUUUGUGGCAUUUUGAAAAAGGUCUGUCAAAGAAGCCUGAGCAACUUUCCAAAAACAAAGAGUGUGAAGUUCUGAAGAAGUGGCUUCGUAGCAUAAGGAACCAUGUAUACUGGAGUGCCAUAACUUCUACAACAGGACCAGAGAAAUUGGCUAAGUGGACAUCAAUUCUGAAUCACAUUCAGAAUGUGCAUGUACACAAGAACCCCAUCUUCCCAAAGUGUGCCCAUCCUGACCGUGUGUCCAAGAAUCCAAAGAAAUGGUUUAAUCCAGCAUCGCUGGCACUCCACAAAGUAGAGAAGAUUCUCUGCAACAAGAGGGUCCUUAAAGAUGUGGAAAAGUUAAGUCACCACUUUCAGACAUCAUCGCUGGAGGCUUUCCACAGCUUAAUUUUGAGGUUUACACCCAAAAAUGUAGUUGUCAGGAAUCGGGGAACACAAAACACGAACCCAGAUGCGGACGUACAAAAAAGGGAAUUUAUUACAAAAACAGGGGAAAAACAGGAAAACAAAACCCACGAGGGGGCAAAACAAGACAAGGGCAACAGUACUACACGAAACUGA